UAUAACGAGAGAGAAGAGAAAAAAACACGGCUUUACCCUCUGCAUCGUCGUCGUCUGGUCUCGGGGAUCAAGAUCCGUCACCUCUGCAACCUCCAAACACCAAAAUCUGUGUGUUUUUAAAACCAAAAGGUUAAACCUUUGCUUGAAGUUUGUGAAACCCUCAAAGGGAGAUAGAUGCCAAUUUAAAGAGAGAGAGACAGAGAAGCAGAGAGAAUAUAUGGCGAGGCAAGCUGGGAAACAGAAUUGUGGGAGGUUAGUGUUAGUUUCAUGCCUCGCUCUUUUAGCUGCCGGACUUGUUGGAGACUUCCUUUGGGCUUCUUCUCAUCGUUUCUCCUCCGUUGGGAUGUCUCUUCCCUCCUCUUUUACCACCGUGAUCGGCCAACUUCCUCCUAAUUCCAAUGGAAGCAAUACUGAGAAGAAGAAGAACGAUAAAGUUAGGGAAAGAAAGCUUUCUGCAACGUUUCAAGAUUUAGCUGCUCCUGAACUUAAAUGGGAGAAGAUGGCAGCUGCUCCUGUGCCUCGUCUAGAUGGAGCUGCUAUUCAGAUUAGGAAUUUUCUAUAUGUGUUUGCUGGAUACGGCACCAUUGAUAUUGUACAUUCCCAUGUUGAUAUAUACAAUUUCGUAGAUAACACAUGGGGAGGAAGAUUUGAUAUGCCAAAAGAGAUGGCACAUUCACAUUUAGGGAUGGUAACGGAUGGUAGAUACAUCUACAUUGUCACUGGUCAAUAUGGUCCUCAAUGUAGAGGACCUACAGCUAAGACAUUUGUGCUUGACACUGAUACUAAUUCGUGGAGUGACUUCGUUCCUUUACCAGUUCCUAGGUAUGCUCCAGCUACUCAGCUUUGGAGAGGUAGACUCCACGUGAUGGGUGGAAGCAAGGAGAAUCGGCAUACACCAGGGCUUGAACACUGGAGUAUUGCGGUAAAAGAUGGGAAAGCAUUGGAAAAGGAGUGGAGAAGUGAAAUUCCAAUCCCUCGUGGAGGACCUCACAGAGCAUGCGUAGUAGUGCAUGACCGGCUUUUUGUCAUUGGAGGUCAAGAAGGUGAUUUCAUGGCUAAACCAGGAUCCCCCAUCUUCAAAUGCUCACGCCGUAUGGAGGUUGUAUUCAGUGACGUCUACAUGCUGGAUGAGGAAAUGAAGUGGAAAGUUAUGCCAUCAAUGCCAAAACCGGAUUCCCAUAUUGAAUUUGCUUGGAAAGUGGUUAACAACUCCAUUGUAAUCGUUGGAGGCACCACAGAGAAGCAUCCUGAAACCAAAAAGAUGGUCCUUGUUGGUGAAAUCUUCCAGUUCAACCUGAAUACAAUGAAAUGGUACGUGAUUGGAAAGUUGCCAUACCGUGUGAAGACUACGCUGGUUGGGUAUUGGGACGGGCAUUUAUACUUCACCUCGGGGCAACGAGACAAAGGACCAGAUGAUCCUGCACCGCGUAAGGUGAUUGCAGAGAUGUGGAGAACCAAACUGAUACUGAAUCCAUGAAGAGACAAAGAAUCAAAUCUCCAUUUUGUUAUGCAAAGUCGUCACAGCAUUCUUUUUUUAAGUUAGUAUUUUAUUUGAGCAUAAUUUAUCCCACUACACAAACAGUUGUUGUAUCUUAUCUUGCAUUUGUAUAUUGUAAACAAAAUCUUUAGAAACGACACCCGUUAUGGUGUGAGAAUUAUGAAUGAGGAAAAUUUUUUAGGUCC